AUGACCUCCGACAGUCAGAAGAAAGGAGACCAUCUCCAGCGAAAAGAGGAAUAUGAAAGGCCCAUACACCCAGAAUCUGCUCAAACCCAAUCAUCAUUACCAGCAACAGGCAAGAUUGAAGCUGAUGUCGUCUCACGUUCAGUGGCGCGAGAAGAUUCAAUGAAAAGUCAACAACUUUCUCUUGGGCUCGAUACCCACGGGUGCGAGGAUGGAGAGCUUCCAGCACCAAUGCGAGAGACUAGGCAGAGGACCCAGAGAAACGAACGACACAAUAACCAAGAAAAUUCGUCCCUUAGUUCAACGAUACGUAAAAGUUGGUCUAGCUUGAGGUUCACUCGAUCUUCUGCGACUUCAAAUGAAAGGCCACCACACCAGCGACAUGUCAGUUUCAGCAGUGCAGAGCAGUCCUCCCAGCAGCCGCAUCCAAACGAUUGUGCGGGAAAGAGUAUCUCGAGCGCGAAAGAACAAGACAAAGUAGUCAAAUUGAAAGAAGAAUUUGAAAAACUUCUCGAAAACAAUAAUAAAGAUCAUGUGGCGAAGGAGAGAGAUCUACAACGCAAAAUUGACAGUUCGGAGGGUGUAACACGCACAUUACAAGCUAAAAUCGAACAGCUCGAGACUGAAAAGCAGGCCAUAGAAGAAAAGCACAACACAUUCAUUCUAAAGCAACAAGAAGUAACAUUCAGACAAAUGGCAGACUCACGUUGGAUGCCCGUCGAAGAUAGCAAAGUUGUGGGAGACCUCAAUAGACUAAAGCGAGAUAUGAGAAGCUGGGUGAAAAAAGCAUCGGAAAAUGAUAUUUCUGUCCUGGAUUCACUCGACGAACACAAACUCGCAGCUCUAAUGAAUGCAUUGUCACAUGUGGUUAUCUUUGAGGAUGGUCAUCUUCCUCGGGGAUUGUCUCCGAGAAAAUCUCCAGUACUACUUCUGAAUGCUCUGCUCUCCCAUAGUAUUUACAAAGCCUUAUUUCAAAGUCCUUUUUUCAUAUUCGGGGACAACCAUAUUGGAUGGCAAUAUAUUAUGUCAGAGCUCCGUGUAAGGCUAGAACAAAUCUACCGCGAAGGCCGAUAUUCAAAUAAAGAGGAUGCUCAUAUUUGGCGAUCCCAAUUUUUGAGACUUCUGUUACCCCCAAUAGCGACUGAGACUUCAGACGAUGCAAAGCGGUUACAUGACUCGACUCAGCAUAUGAUAGUCGUAGCGGCAGAUCGAGUAGCCUCGGACUUCCUAGAAGGUGCAGCUCGAUAUCUCAUCAGCAAUGAAGCUCGAGAGAGUUGCGGAGACAGGCUUAAAGCCAUCUGCCGAGAAGCAGCAACCAUUUCGUACAUGCUAUGGACAAGAAAAACGACACUAAAGAUAACCACUUUACACAACAUGGGUCAUCGACCUUUUGAUCCCGAUAGCAAAUGUAGUGUUCCUCAUUCCUCGGUAGAUUACGAAAGCCACAAGGAUCAGCUCAGGGGAAGGUCAAUCAGUAUGAUGGUGCAUCCACUCGUGAUGGUCUUUGGCACAGAUGAUGGGACUGAUUAUGACCAGGGACGUGUGUGGGCACCGGCGGAAGUAUGGCUUGAUAGCAGUAAACCAUCUGCGGAAUAA